AUGAUCUCGAAGCUCGGCUUGCUCAAAGCCCCCUUCGCCGAGCGCCCCGUCACCGAUCUCCAGGACAAGAAGAUAACCCUAAUCGGCACAUCGACCGAGGAGAUCGCCUCCCUAGCAUCGGCCUCUCAAAGCGCAGCGGAGCGACAAGCACACCUAGCUGCGGCGCGGCGCAACCUACCCAAGGCGUACUCGCGGCGGGAUUCGCAGCGCGUUCUCGAAGACAGCACGUACACCUUCGCGACCGUGCGCCCCCUCCCCAACCUGCCGCAUCCGGAGCGCUCCCUCGCCUUCCUCGAGCGGCUAAAAGCCGACCCGGGGAUCCGCGCCGCGAUGCGCACGCACAAGUUCAGCGUCGGCCUGCUGACGGAGAUGGACCCGCUAUCGUACACGGAGUCUUCGCACGAGGGCACGACGCGGAUCCUGGGACUAAACCGCAACGGGGGCGAGGUCAUCGAGCUCCGUCUGCGCACGGAUGCGUACGACGGGUACCGCGACUACAAGACCAUCCGCAACACGCUAUCGAGAGGGAGGUUGCGCGCGCGGAUUGGACGCGUGGGGGGCGGAAUGUGGGAGGCGGCGAGUUUUACGAGCCUGCGGCGGGAAGAGGAGGAGGAGGUGGCGUAUGAUCAUGGCGGGUGGACGGGCGGGGAGUUUGUGCUUGGAGGUGGGAGUGUGGGGGGUGGAAGUACUGCUGCUGCGGCGGCGGCGGGGCAGGGCGCGGUGAGUAGACGGGAGAUCAUAGCUAAAGCGGCGGAGGAACGUAUGAAGAAGCAGAAACAGGCUGAGGAGGAGGCGAAGAGGAAUCGGUGA